AUGGCCUACACGGUUGAUGCCUUCCUAGUUGUGUCCAACAUUUCGCUUGGGUGCUGUUACCUUGAAGGCAGGUUGGACAAUAUCCACUUUGCAGACUUGCCUCAUCUUAUCUAUCUUAACCUCACCGGGAACAGUCUCUUGGGCCCAAUCCCAUCAAGCAUUGGUGCUCUUACCGAGCUCACUCACUUGGAUCUAUCCAAUAAUGAUUUGAACGGAUCUAUCCCAACAUCCCUAGGUAAUUACUUGCCCCAUCUUGUCAAUUUGGACCUCAGUCGCAAUUCUCUCUCGGGCCUAAUCCCAGCAAGCAUUAGCGUUCUUUCCAAGCUCGCGGUCUUAGAUCUAUCCUUCAAUUUUCUCGAUGGACCUAUCCCACCAUCCAUAGGAAAUCUAACGAGUUUAAGAUACUUAGAUCUUUCCAACAAUCGAGUCACAAGUUCCAUUGGAAGCAUAGGAAAUCUAACAAGUUUAGAGUUCUUGGAUCUUUCGAACAAUCAAAUAAAUGGUUCUAUCCCUUCGACAUUGUCAAAACUGAUUUCUCUUACAACACUAUCACUUAAGUCCAAUCAGCUUAAUGGCCUAUUACCGCCAGAGUUAGGAUCUCUUGUUCUUCUAACACAUCUGGAUCUAAGUAGAAACCAAUUUCUAGGAAGCAUUCCACCUCAGAUAGGACAUUGCCACCUUUUGUCAUCGUUACUUGUAUCAGACAACUUAUUGACAGGAGAAAUACCACAAGAAUUGGGUUAUCUCACCAACCUAUAUGAGCUGGACUUGAGUAGAAACAAUUUAAGUGGUGCCAUCCCAGUGACAUUUAAUAAGCUUUACCGACUGUUCAGGCUGAAUUUAUCAUAUAACGCUUUGGAUGGCAAAGUUCCAUAUACAUCCAUUCCUGCAUCUUUGACUGUCGUUUCACUUGGCCAUAAUAUCAAUUUAUGCGGCGAUUCACAAUAUUCAGACUAUUCGAAGUAUGACUUAACACCAUGUAAGGCACUGGAGGUUGACAGGGAACAACAAAGCAGUAAACGUCCGCAUGUCAUACUACUUCUUGCUUUAGCUCCAUUUUCCUUCAUUUGCCUCUCAAUAGCAACCAUCGUGGUUGUUUGUCAGAGAAGAAAAUCUGUAAGAAACAGUAGCAUAAGCAAAUCUGGAGAUAUAUUUUCCAUAUGGAAUUUCGACGGGAAGAUCGCAUUCGAAGACAUAGUCAGCGCAACAGAAAAUUUCGAUGAGAAAUACUGCAUUGGUGCUGGAGGCUAUGGAUCAGUCUUCAGAGUUGACCUUCAUGGGGGGACUACCUUUGCUGUGAAGCUCCUCCACUCAAUGGAAGAAUAUAACGAUGAGGGAUCAUUCCACACUGAGAUUGAAGUGUUGACAAAAAUCAGGCAUCGAUGCAUCGUCAAAUUGUAUGGCUUUUGUUCCCACUCCAAGUGCAAAUUACUCGUCUAUGAUCUUAUCGAGAGGGGAAGUUUAUCAUCCAUAUUUCAUGACCAAGAGCUAGUGAAGGAAUUGGAUUGGCCCAAGAGAGUCACUCUUGUGAGGGAUGUAGCUCAAGCUCUCUCUUACUUGCACCAUGAUUGCGAAGAUCCAAUCGUACAUCGCGACAUAAAAAGCAGCAACAUUCUUCUAGACCAUGAUUUUAAAGCUUAUGUUUCGGAUUUUGGCAUGGCGAGGAAACUGAAGCAUGGUUACUCAAGCUGGAGCACUAUCUUUGGAGGGACAUGUGGCUACAUAGCCCCAGAAUUGUCAUCUACUAUGAUGUUGACAGAGAAGUGUGACGUUUUCAGUUUCGGUGUGCUUGCGCUGGAAGUUGUGAUUGGAAAGCACCCAGGUGAUCUACUCCUUCCAUUCUUCUGCCGAACAGAGCAGCCUGGGAAAUUCAAGGAUAUCCUGGAUCAACGCAUCACAGCACCCUCAACCAUUGACGAGGAGAAGGAUGUCAUUUUGGUUGCCUUGGUGGCCUUUGUUUGCCUGCACGUCAAUCCCAAAGCCCGGCCAACAAAGCAGCAGUAUAAAAAGUCGCAAGGUUUGCCAAAACUGCUGAAGCUGCUGACUGAACUCUGA